GAAUCUUGAAAGUAACAAGUUAGUGGGCUCAAUCCCGUUGGCCAUAUUCCACCUCACCAAGCUCGCAUUCUUGGACCUUCGAUGGAAUGUGCUCUCAGGCUCCAUUUCCUCAGCGAUUGCCAACCUCACUCGCCUCUCCUACCUGUCACUAGGCGGUAACAGACUCACUGGCGCAAUCCCUUUAUCUCUCUUCCGCCUCACAAAUCUUGCCAUGUUAGAGCUCCGUUGGAAUCAGCUGUCGGGCUCCAUUCCUGCAGCCAUCUCUCACCUCACUGCCCUCUCACGCCUAGAUCUCAGCUUUAACAUCUUUCUGACAGGCUCCAUUCCCCUUGAGAUGAAGAGCCUGACCAAGCUCCAAUUGCUGUACCUUAGCUAUAUGGGUCUAUCAGGCCCCUUUCCCUCCUGGAUCUCUGGUCGCACUAUGCUCAGAAAACUGGAGGCCGCCCACAACAGCAUCAACGGCAGCAUACCAGAGUCCAUCGGCAGUACCAUCAAUCUUCAAGUCUUCUCGGUGUGGAAGAACAACCUGUCAGGCAGCAUUCCCGAGUCCAUUGGCAGCCUCACCAAGCUCAGCAGCCUGGACCUGUCAGACAACCAGCUAGAAGGAACCAUCCCCGAGGGCAUUGGCAACAUGAAGGACAUUCGGAAACUGGAUCUCUCAAACAACCACUUGAGCGGCACUCUCCCCACCACCCUCUCUCGCCUCUCUGGCCUGUUUCAGCUGUUCCUCCAGCGCAACAACCUGAGUGGUGCAUUUCCCCUUUGGAUUGCACAGAUGUCCAGCAUUGGAUGGCUGUACCUGAAUGACAAUAACUUCUCUGGCCCCGUGCCUGCUUCUCUUGGCGGCUCUAAAGGCCUCAUCUUCCUCGAGUUGUCAGGUUCGGGGCUCACGUGCCCGCCGAAUGCGUCCAGCUGUGUGGUUCGGCAGGUCAACUACAGCGCCUUCUGCCAGGACUGCCAUGAAUUCUGUGCCACGUGCACAAGUGAUCAAUUGGGAGGCCAUGUGAGCACACGGGUGGAGAACGUUCUCGUCUACGAGUUCAUCGCCAAUGGCGACCUGCGCGGGUGGAUCGGCCCAGAUACGUCCACAAGUUUGACUCUGCAGCAGCGGGUGGGCAUCCUCUUGGGGGUGGCACGGGGCUUGGAGUAUCUGCACAGCUUUGGCAUCGUGCACCGCGACAUCAAGCCCGCCAACAUCCUCCUUGACGCCCACAUGCAGGCAAAGGUGGCAGACUUUGGUCUUGUGCACGUGGGGGAGGGCACGGCAACAGGGUUCACACGAGUGCUGGGAACGGUGGGCUAUGUGGACCCUGCUUAUACCCUUACUCACAACGCCACCACUACUGCUGACGUUUACAGGUGCGCUCCCCUCGUGCUCUCAGGCGGAACACCCACCAUCAAUGUGAUGAGCGUUGGUGACCAAGAACCGAACUUCGGUGUGCUCAUGCUGGUGAUGCUGUCGGGCAGAGGAGCCACCAUCAGUACGAUGACUGGCAGCGGUCCAGAAGGAUGUGCUGCCCAUGAGCCAAUCUCCAUUUCCAAAUGGGUGUGUUUGCCAAUCAAUUUGCAUGCACACUCAUCAGGGUUCUCUUCAUCUGUUGUGCCCACAGCAUGUGUUCCCCGCCCAUCAUGUCUUUUCCAUCCCCAACCAUGUGCUUCCCGUAUUUCCCGCCCCCUAUCAUGUGUUUCCCGCACCGAACCAUGUCUGCCCUGCCCCAUAUCCCAGGCAACUGAUGUCAUGUCGGAAGGGAAGACAGCACUCCUCAAGGAUCCCCGCAUGGAGGCACCGGAGGACAUCGUCAUUCGCCUUGCCCACCUCGCUGUCACCUGCACCGCCAUGCCCACCGCCUCGCGCCCCUCCAUGUCCAGAGUGGCCCAACACUUGGAAGCUCUACAAGAGGAGGCGGGAGGGGGGGAUGCGAGAGCAAGGGCUGCAGCGAGGGUUGACGAGAAGCUGUCGAGUCAACGGUUGCGAAGAAGCAUGGAGGAGGAUCUUGCGUUGCUGGACAAGCAAGUGAAGCAUGAGGGUGAUUCAGCGGUUUUUGAGGCGCCUCAAAGAUCGCCUUCUGAGGCGCCGCAAAGGUCGCCUUUUGAGGCGCUCCAAGAGGUUACGAAGGAGCAUGGAGGAGGGCCGUGCGUUGCUGAAUGA